GCGCGCCUCCGCCCGGCGGCUCCUCGUGCUCUGCUGGCGAGUUUCAAGAUGGCCGCGCCGCGUGGCGACUUACUGAGGAAUUUAAACGCCGGUUUCAGUGAUUUCGCAGCGGCGGAGGCGAUCAGAGAGGCGCAGGAUGGAUUUGAAAGAGUAUUUGAAAGAAGCCAUAACCCUGGAUUUGAUCAUGACUAUGACAUUACCUCAAGCAACCUGCACGGCAGUCUGGAACCUUCCAUUUUAUCCAUGUUUGAGGACAUGUCCCCCACUGGAGAGGUGAAGAACCGGAUAGAUGAAGAAAGCGAGGCCACACUGCUCUCUGCUCUUUCUGAGAUAUUGGACAGUGUGAUUGAAGACACCUUGUCACCGUUUGACACACUUCCUGACACUGAACUUUUUGUGGCUCAAAGGAGUCAUGAUUCCAAGUUCAGGAGGUCAUCUGACAAAGAAGCUGCUCCGCGGGUUGCCAGGUCCCAGCGUUCUUCAACGACAAAUUCAAAAGCAGAGAGCCUGCUUUCAGACAGGCAGUUGAGGCCGAGACUCCAUCAGAGGAUAAAGACGACUACUGUACAGAGAAGCGAUGGUGAGGAGGAGGAUCUCAGUGAGACCAGGAGACGCCCCGUAAGAACCUUCAGGAUUGAAUCAGACCCAGAACUCUCUCAGGAUGAGCAACAAGAUGGAUAUAUGCUUGUGUCACUGGUGGACCUAGUGCGACACAUGCAUCCGUACAGCCUCAGGGUGGGCCUGGUUAAGGAAGAUGGUUCUAGGGCUGUCUGUGAUCUGCAGGAGGAAGAUGUGUUUGUGGAUGUUGUGGGUGAUGACGACCUCGAGGACACACUCAGCACUUUUUCACAGCAUAAUCUGGAUUCAGAGCUGAUUUCUAAAACCAAGAUGGGUCUAAAUGAGGAUAGCUCGAUGAAAAGGCCAAAGGAUCAGACAUUAAAGAUGUGCUCAAGUUUGAGUGAACAGAAUAAAUAUGACAUCAACAGUAAGAUACUUCAAAAGAGUGCUGGGAGAGCGAAGAAAAAGGUUAGUUUUGCCCCCGAGUUAGCAACAGUUUAUGAGUACCAAGAUGAAGAUGAAGCAUCUGAAUUUGACUGUCCUGAUGCCCAAUGCCCAGAAGAUCAUAAGGACACAGCUGAAACCUCUGUUGACCACUCACUUAAAGCAGCAACAAAGACAACUUCUCAGCAAAGCAACGCAAAACCUAAAUCAAUCAGCCUGCAUGAAUAUCGCCUUCUCAGACAGAAGUCACUUCCAAAGGAAGAGAAAAAGAUGGACUACAGAACCAAGUGGCCCUCAGUACCCGAAAACCCCUCCGAACUGCCCCUCAUCCCUUGUAUACCAGGUUAUAUCCCACCUCAGGAUAACACAAAAACCUCAUUUCAUAAAAGCAGGAAUUCCUCCUCAAGCUCUGUAACCAAGGCUAAAAGAAACCCUCAAACAUUGAACAUUGUGCAAGCUGUUGACCCACCAAACCCUGUCAUUGUGCCCCUUCCGGUAUCUAUUCCUGUACCAGCAAAGACCUCAUCAGCUUCUGAAGAUCAAAGUACAAUUAUGCAACAGAAAACUGACACAAACAACGCUAAUGCAAACCAGCCCACACUUUUAAACCCUCAGCUGCAACCACCUGCAUCCCAUACCUCUGGAAUUCUGAAGCAGAGUGACUCCUUAUCUCAAGAAACACUGGAAAGUGCACCACUAGCUGAAGUUACACAGGCCAAAUGUUCCUCGACAGUCACUGACGCCACUAAAGCCAAUGUCUCUGCUGCUUCUUUACCUGUGAGGGGCAGGCCAGCAAAAAGACGACUCCCUCAAGUGCAGAUACCCACAAUUACAGAAGAAGCAAGUCAGGAGUCUAAUGGAGAAAUAGGAAUACAGGCUGCUGAUGUAACCAGUCUUUUGGAGCAGUUUGAAACUCAAGGACUCACUCCUCCUGCAACCCCACCCCAUCAGAUCUGGAAGCCUCUCCUGCCUGGUCACAGGACAAAGCAGCACGAAGCCAUCAAACAAUCUGCCAGCAAAGCCAUUCAAAUCAUUGAGCCUCGGCCGUUGCCCCCAAGCAAGGGUCACUUAAGACCCCAGCCAUCCACCUCUGUGCCUGCCCCAAGCUUAUUUCUUGCAUUUAGGGACCACGACUACUGCAUAACUCAGGAGGAUAAAGAGAGCAGUGACGGGUCACUUUCAGCCAUAUCUCUACACAGAAAACCUGUAAAAGAGCCAAGGAGUCAAACAAGCCAUACAUCACUGGACCACAGGACUGUCUGUGAGGAGCAGCGUCUCCCUGCCUCAGUUCUUCUGUCUCCAGAGAGCUCCCCUUGCAGGCAGGAGGAAAGUAUGAGUGCAGGUGAAGAAGCAGUGGCACAAAGGGAAACAUCUACCCCCUGUUCAUCACGCUCUCCAAGCCCUCCAGCCAGGGGCAGGACUAGGAGGAGGCGCUACCGUGAAAGAUAUCAUCAUUCUGACUCCAGUUCAGUGUCAUCCUCCCGAUCCCCGUCCUGUUCUUCCUCAGCCUCAUCCUCUUCAUCUUCGUCUUGUUCACCACCCAGGAAGAGGAGAAGAUCAAGGUCUUCUGACAGCAGCUCCAGCUCCUCCUCUCGAUCCAGUUCGUCUUCUCUGUCCCCUUCUCCAAUUCGCAAACGCCAGCGCCGCUACACUCGGUCGUCCAGGCCUUACAGUGACUCUUGCUCCAGAUCCAGAUCUCGAUCUCGUUCCCGCUUAGGAUCUAGCUCACGCUCACCACAGUCUGCAUGGAGGAAUAAGUGGAACAGACACAGGGAACGCUCUUAUCUGAGCGGAUGGGAAGAGGCUCGCAGGAUGCGCAAGCAGAAGGCAAUUGAGGAGCGUAGAGUCGUAUAUGUGGGGCGAAUACGUGCCACUAUGACCGAGGAUGAGCUCAGGGAUCGUUUUGUAAUGUUUGGGAAGAUUGAAGACUGCACUGUCCAUUUGAGAAGCCGUGGGGACAACUACGCAUUUGUUACAUACUACAGGAAAGAUGAUGCUUUCACUGCUAUAGAAAACGGCACAAAGCUGAGACGUCCAGAUGAGCUCCCCUUUGAUAUCUGCUUCGGUGGAAGACGACAGUUCUGUCAGUCAAAUUAUGCAGAUUUAGAUUCCAGUCGUGAAACUGACUCAACUUCAGGAAGGAACAAGUUUGACGCACUUGACUUUGACGCCCUGCUGAAGCAGGCUCAGCGCGGGGCGAAGAGGUAGCCCAGUGGGACCUUCCCCAAGAUGAAAGGACAGCGAGAGAACGAAGAAAUAAAGGUGGAGUGUGAUGGAACCAGACCAAGCACUACCUCAAAAUCCCAAAGAGCUUGCACGUGAUUUAGCUUUCAUAUAGCCAUUUUUAUUUGACCUUAAAGUUAACAAACCUUCUGUUGAAGUGAGCAUUUAAAAGAUAAGAAAAAAAGUUUGAAGUGUAUAAAAACAGAAAAGCAUUAAGGAAUCUAAAAAAAAUCAGUGUAUCAUAAUUUAAGUGUUGUUUUUAGUAUUUGAUCGUUUUUGUGUGGUAAUAAUUGUGUCUUUUUUCUUCAUUUGCGAUGGAAAUGCUUUCUAAAUGUUUUAUUAAAAAAUGUCAUGCUUGAGUAUCAUA